AUGUCUUCACUUAUUCAAAACGUAGUGAUUGACUGUGGAUCAUCAAUGUGCAAUGUAGGUUUUGCAGGAGAUGAAACACCUAUCGCCAUAUUCCCUUCCGUUGUCGAAUAUCACAAGAUUAGUAGUAAUUCAAUCAUGUUCGGUUAUAAGGAUAAAUUUGGGAGAGUUGGAGAUGAAGUAUUUUGCAAGAUUGGUACAACGUGGGCCAAGUUUCCCAUCGAACGUGGCACUGUUGUGGAUUGGGAAGGCAUGGAGAAGGUGUGGUAUCACAUAUUUUACAAUGAAUUGAGAACUGAUCCUGAGGAUCUAGGUGUAUUAGUGACAGAGAGUGUGUUGAGUGAUGAGGCAAGUCGUGAAAAGACAACACAGAUCAUGUUUGAAUCUUUUAUGGUACCAUUGUUGUGUUUGGCAAAUCAGGCAGCUUUGUCGAUGGUAGCUUGUGAUUGUCUAACUGGUGUGGUGUUGGAGAGUGGGGGUGGAAUUACUCAAUCAGUUCCAAUUCAUGAGGGACGUGCUAUUAAACAUGCAGUUUCUAGAUUGGAAUUGGGUGGAGAGGAUUUGUCUGAUUGGUUAUAUCAGAUUCUAAACGAACAGGGUAAAUUUAAAUUGACGAGGUAUUUUGAAGAGCCAUGCUAUGGGGCUGAGACAAGAAGUGGACGUUGCUUUUUGGAGCGUAAUGGAAAGAAGGUAAAUGUGAAUGAGAGGUGGUUGUCUGCAGAAAUUAAGAAAUUUUGUUACGUGGCUUUGGAUUUUGAUAAGGAACUUGAACAAUUUAAAUCGAAACAAUAUGAAUUACCAGAUGGAAACAUGAUCACGAUUGAAAGUGAAAGAUUCAGAUGUCCAGAAGUAUUGUUUCAUCCAGAAUCAAUAGGAUUGGAUGAGGGUGGAAUUCAUGAAAUGAUAUUUAAAUCAAUUGGAAAGUGUAACCUUGAAUUGAGACCAGAUCUAUUCAACAACAUUGUGCUUAGUGGUGGAAAUACCAUGUUUGAAGGUAUUGGAGAAAGAUUGCAAAGGGAAUUAUGUAGUUUAGCCCCUGUUUCCAUGAGUAUCAAGGUUACUGCCCCACCAGAAAGACAUUACCUCAGUUGGAUUGGUGGUUCAAUAAUGGCAUCCUCUGAAACCCAACAGAAUUACAUUUCAAAACAAGAUUAUGACGAUGUUGGUCCAUCAAUUGUUCACAGAAAUUGUUGUUGA